ACUCGCGUUGAGAUACAGAGAUCGCCGAGAAGGAGGCUUUUCUUUGGCUUUCUCUCUUUUCGGGAAAAAUUUUACCAGCUGAAGGCCAAUAACUUUUAGAAUAUUCUAAAUAUGUGACAUGUGGUCCAGUUUUCAGCCGGGAAUUCGACUUUAAAAAGAAGAAAAGAAGGUGAAAAAUAGGUUCUAUUGGUAGAGAGGAGGCAAUGCAUGGCUUGACUGACAGUCAGGAGAGAAUUCUUGUUUCUAUUCGUCUACGGCCCCUGAAUAGCAAGAAACGAGUGAGAAAUGAUGUGUCGGAUUGGGGAUGCAUCAAUGAUACUACUCUCAUAUGCAGGAACAAGCUUUCGGUUUCCGACAGUCCCUACCCAACGGUAUAUACAUUCGACAGGGUAUUCAGACCCGACUGACCCACAAGUCAGGUGUACGAAGAAGGGGCAAAGAAAGUUGCUCUUUCUGUUGUUAGUGGCAUCAACUCAAGCGUCUUUGCAUAUGGACAAACAAGCAGCGGUAAGACAUUCACUAUAAGUGGUGUCACCGAGUGCACUGUGGCAGACAUUUAUGGCUACAUAAAACAGCACGAGGAAAGAAAAUUUGUUAUGAAGCUGUCAGCAAUUGAGAUCUAUAAUGAAUGUGUGAGGGACCUCCUUAGUUUAGACAGCACUCCACUCAGACUUCUUGAUGAUCCAGAGAGAGGAACAGUAGUGGAGAAGCUUACCGAGGAAACUUUGAGGGACUGGAACCAUUUUAUAGAACUUCUUUCUUUCUGUAGAACUCAAAGGCAGGCAGGGGAGACAUCCUUGAAUGAAGCAAGCUCUAGAUCUCACCAGAUACUCAACAAUUGAAAGUUCUGUCUAGGAAAUGACAAAUCAAGCUCUCUUGCUGCUUCUGUGAAUUUUAUUGAUCUUGGGGGAGUGAACGUGCAUCCUAGACAUUAUCAGCUGGCACAAGGUUAAAGGAGGGUUGCCACAUUAAUCGAAGUCUAUUAACUCUAGGAACUGUUGUCCGCAAACUCAGGAAGAAAUGGACACAUUCCUUACAGGGAUUCAAAGCUUGCCCGCAUACUGCAGUCCUCUUUAGGAGGCAAUGCAAGAACUGCAAUAAUCUGCACUAUCAGCCCUGCACGAAGCCCUCUUGAACAAACCAGAAACACCCU